AAACCCAACAGAGCUAACAGAACAAAGAGGCGAACAGAAAGAGAAGCGAAUCAGAGGGAAUUCAAUCGGGAGAAAAUGGAGGUGCCAGGAUCAUCGAAGAAGAUGAUAGCAACGCAAGCAGAGAUGGUGGAAGCGAAAGUACCAUUAUCAUACAGGGAUCAGUGCGCCCAUCUGUUGAUCCCUCUUAACAAGUGCCGGCAGUCGGAGUUCUACUUGCCCUGGAAGUGCGAAGACGAGCGUCACUCGUACGAGAAGUGCGAGUAUGAGCUUGUCAUGGAACGGAUGCUUCAAAUGCAGAAGAUCCGUCAGCAGCAAAAAGGACAGCAGUCAAUUCCCCUUUUCCCUAAGACUGCCAAUGCCUAGUCAAUCCAUCAUCUAUCUAAUCGUGCUCUUGAUAGCUUUAGAUUUUAUGGUGACUGACUACUUUGGAAAGCAGGUUACCCCUUCCUCUGUUUCACCUCUUUCUUGAUAAGUUAAAAAGAGCAAAAACAGAAUCUGUAAUGAAAUACAUUUAUCAAACAUGUUUUAAGCUAACUGCAUGUUGAGUGCUUCACUGGAGCUUGUGGUCACUCGUUCCUUGCUUGUUCGAAAGAGCUUCAGAUAGGAUUUUGCAUUACGUUCGGUUUUCCAUUCCGACCCUCAUUAGCUCUUUGCUUGCUUGUACAAAGCGCGCUCAUGCCAUUUAGUACCACACUUUAUCCCACCUGAGAGGUGGGAUAAAAUAAUACCAAAUUUCAUGGGAUAAGAUGGGAUAUUAAGGAUUAAGUCUGGGACUAAGUUUAUGCUAUGUUUGAUUGACAGUAUAAAGUUAUUGCGGAAUAAAUUUAUACUAUUAACCAAAUAUAAUAUAAAUUUAGUACCACACUUUAUCCCACCUUAUCCCGCGUACCGAACGACCCCUAAGUAAUAAACUUCUUACCAUGUUUUUUUGUGUAAGAAAGAAAUUCCUUGUAUGGAUAACUGGCUAUAUUUUCUUGGUAGCCUAAAGCAUUCUUCUAUUAAACUUCUUUAUUAAUUCACAUCUUGGUGUAUAAUAUUAUAAUAUUAUUUCACUUGUCUAUAAAAGAUGAGUGGGGUCAGAAGGAAGGAUAAGAAUGCUUGUGGCCACGAGGAUUGGAUUGGUGUAUAAUAUUAUAAUAUUAUUUCACUUGUCUAUAAAAGAUGAGAGGGGUCAGAAGGAAGGAUAAGAAUGCUUGUGGCCACGAGGAUUGGAUUGGUGAUUUGACCUUGGGUCUAUGUUUAACAACUGAGCCUUUUUAAUUGGUUAAUUGUAUGGGAAAUUUAUGUGAAUUUUGAGGAUCACUCAUUGUUUAAGGUGAUGAAGCGAUGAAAAACAAGGGUCCUCGGUUCACAUGGGUAAAAAAGGAAGCAACUUCGAAGAAGUGUGAACGCGACAGGUCUGGAAGCGAUCGUGGUCACGAAAGACAAACGAUUCUAGCAAGAGGGUGCUUAUGCCCCUUGAGCGGCAGAACAAUACCGUAGCAAGGGGUCCUAGUUUCCCAUGCGUGAAGCAGAGCAGCUUCGGAGAAUCAUGAGCUUCGAAUUGUUAAGUACAAAAAGGCACGAGGCAGAAGCGGUUGCCUCUUUGAAUUUGACUUUAAAAGAUUCGAGAAAAGAGAGGAAAAUAGGAUAGAAUUGCCUUUUGCCAUGGAUUCCUCUCCAGAUAUUCUUGGUGUCCUUUUUAUCUUUUUCUUCUUCUAUGGUUCACGAAGAACUGGUCUACUAUUCUUUGCUUUUCUUGAUUUGCUUCUUUGUUAGUAGUGUUUUUCUUCUUCAAGCA